CAACACAACAACAACACGAUCUCACCCGCAACCCACCACUUCUCUUCAAAAUUCAUUUCUCUCCUCGUCAUUCUUGGAUUCAAUUGUCUUUUGACUAAUUUUCCCCGACUUGAAGCGCUUCGAACCACUAAAUUCUCACGCGACGCGUCUCGAAUCAAAACAUCAACAAAGGCAUUUGGAUACAUCCCUCCCACUCAUACACAAUACACAUACGCACACAUACACACAAGCACAACAGCGACAACUACACACCAGUGAGGGCGCCAUGCAGGCGAGCUCACCCCCACCGCGACGAAAAUCGCGACUUCAUCGAGAGAUGUCUCGAGACCUCGACCAUUCGGUUGCCUCGUCCACCGGUUCCUAUCAUGGCACCGUCAGCACCGAUUCGACCAUGACCGACUUCAAUCCACAGAGGGAUGAAGCCAUUAUGUCCACUGGUCAAAUGGACUACAACCUUUCAGCAAAACUCCCGGAGCUUCGCGACACCGCCAAAAAAUAUGGCCGCUGGUCUCCAAAACGACCAGAAUUCGUCAUCAAUACUUCGGCUCUGGCCCGCGCAUUCCCUGAUUUCACCCAGGGUAGUAUGCCAGAUGAUGCCAACUCUAUGGAGUCUAUCGAAAUCGGACGCGGCGCGAAGACACGAAAGCGAACGCCCAACCGAGCACCUCGCGUUGAAUACUCAGACAAUUUCGACUCCCCGAUCGUCAUUGGCGACUUCCAAAUUCUCCCCUCCCCUCACAGAGGACAAGGCCAGAAGGAGUCCAUCCUGAAAGAUGCAUUGCGCAACAAUGCCAAGAAGGACACUACUCCCCACCGCCACACCAGUUCACAGAAGGAAAACGCCCCUUCGACGAACUCCCAGACCGGCUCUCCAUACAUCUCCCACGCCAGUCAUACAGCUACUGGAGAACAACGAAGCCUCGCAGAGCUGCACGCACGUGUUGCCGACGAUUCAAAUGGCUCUAUCAUCUUUGAUGAGCGUCCCGCCACGACUUCCCAGACUAAAAGCACGCGAUUCAGCGGCCAGUCACGGGCUCCACAUCCUGCUCCCGUUUCCAAGAAGCAGCAGAUCGAUGCAGACUUUGCCGAAAGAUUUCGCGCCGCAUCUGGAACACCAUCCAGGCCGCCAACAAGGAAGUCACAGACGAAUAAUACUACAACCUCAACCACUCCGAAUCCAACACAACAAUCUUUCACCUUUCCAAACAUGCCCGACUUUUCCCACGUGGUUUCUAGCGCGACUAGCAAUGGCGUUCCAGUCGUUGCUCGUGGCGGGAAAGUCCAAGCACGAGCCCAGAAUGGAGUUGCGGGCAACUCACAUGAGCCCGUCGAUGGCAUUGAAGUACCAGAUGAAGAAGAGGAUAUCUACUUGUCUGUCGACUUGCUGAAAGCCAGAGUUGCUGAACUUGAGAUGGAAAAGGCCAAUUCUCAGAGGAUCAUUCAUGACCUCGAAAGAGAUAAUUAUCAGUUGCGGGCAGAGAAACAAGAGUUUGAGAGACGUCGACGCGCGGAUAGCGCCUUAGGCAUGGCUGAUAGUGGAAGCGAUGAAGGCAGUGAUCGAGAGAGAAACAUUGUUGCGGAGAAAACUAAACUCGAAGCACGUGCCUUGUCUCUUCAAAGCCUGCUCGAUGCAUCCAUUAGGCAGGUCUCAAACCAAGAGCUCCGUCUCAAGACCAAUACGGCUGAGCGGGAUCAGGCCGUGAAACAAUUGGCCCAAGCGCAGAUUCUCAUUGAAGAGCUGAAGGGCGAGAAUGACAACCUCAAGGAUGAAAACGAGUCCCUCCGGGCUCACUUGAAACAAUUUAUGGCCGACGCCGACCAAGAUACUCAUAAUUGGAGGAUAGGAGAACAGGCGCUGAAACAGGAAGUUGGAACUCUCAAGUCCAAGCUCGCUCAGUUCGGCGCAGAGAAUGAGGAGCACACUCGGCAGUGGGAAAGGAAGGAGUCAACUCUCAAGAAUCAGCUAGCACAGUUUGCUGCUGAGAUCGAGCAGAAUGCUCGAGACUGGGAGAAGAAGGAAUCUAGUCUUAGGAGCAAGCUAGCUCAGCUGGUUGCGGAGAGCGAAGAAAAUGCUCGACACUGGGAAAAGAAGGAAUCGUCCCUUCAGAGGAAAAUUCAGAGACAGGACGAAAUUGUCAGAGAAUUGCAAGAAGUGACGCACGAGAUGCGCGAGAACACACGAGAGAUUGAUCUUACGAUCUCUCGAAGAGAAUCAGCUUCAGCGCGCUCAACCAAGAGCAAACGCAAGUCAGGAAGCCAGACCAAAGAGAAGAAGGCCGCUUCUAAAGUCACGGAGCAGGCACAGAAGCACUUGGAGCAGAUGAAGUCAUCAAAUGACGAUUCUUCCGCUCGAGACGAAUAUUCUACCAGCAAAUCGGCGGGGUGGAAGCCAGCCGAAUUAUCUUUCCGCCCUGGAUCUCGCUCCCAGUCACGUCGCAACUCCCAGAAUGUGGAGAUCGACAACCGCGUCGUCCAAGAAACACAGAACCAACAGAUCGUUGACAAGAGUGUCAACGACGAAGAAUCGUAUGACGAGGAAAGUAGCUCGGACACGACAAUCCACAAGAACACUGGAGAUGCCGAUAACCAAGAAGGUAACACACUUGAUGGCUCAGAUUACGAAAGCAUCGUGGGCCCCGGCUUCAUGGGCGAUCUUCGCCAACAGCUCCGGGAAUCGAGGGCAAUGAAGAAGGAAGCACUGGCAGCAGCAGCAGCACAUGACGAUACCGCCCAAACCCUCGAAUCCGUUCAGUCUGCGCGAUCUUCUCGUCCUGCCUCUGCCCAGGGACUGACGGGCAUCUUGAAGAACCGUGGCCCCCAGAACUUCGAUGAGUUUGACCUGAGCGCUCGUGUGAGUGUAAAGAGUGCCAAGUCCGACGGUCGAGUUGAAGAAGACCAUACUACUAGAUCUGAGGCCUCCCGGAAUCGUCGUCACUCCGAUAGUGCUGUUUCUGCACGCACCAAACGUCGCCGCAACGCCGCUGAGGACAUGACCUCCGAGUUCAUCAUUCCGGACAUCUCAUCGAACAUCCACAACAAUGCACCGGAGCAUCCGGCACUCUCUGCCAACGCCCGUCGCAUUCUCGAUGGUCUCUGCAAACAUGAUUGCAAGAACUGCACAGUUUGCAACCGAGUCGCAUCAUUUGAAAACAAUACCGGGGUGAAGCACAAGAUGCACAUCCCUAAACCAAUUCCUGUUUCCGAGCGCAUGGCUGUCCCUGCGCCUUACGAAGACGAACCUACCAUUCGUCCAUCUGUCGAUCCCGGCUUAGCCCUGGCGACUGUUAUCAAAGGCCUGGACGACGAGAUCGCACAUCUCAAGAUUGAGCACGCCAGAAUCCAGUCGGCGUACAACAAGCAUGACUCAUCUCUGGGCAUGCGACAACGCAAGGCAUUGAAGAAGCGCCUUGACAAGCUCCUCAAAGCCAUUGACAUCAAGUCGGAUCAGGUAUAUGCUUUGUACGAUGUCCUAGAAGGCCAGAAGCAGUGCGGCCAGCAAAUGAGCGAGGAGGAGAUUGAGAUUACACUUUUGAGCAUCGGAGUUGACCCAGAGGACUUUACCAAAGGAUCAAAGAAGGGUGGCAAGCAGACCACACAGCAUCAGAACGAAGACGACGACGAGGACGAUUCCGAGUUGGAUUUACCAUGGGAGGGCAUCGAGGAGACUACUGUUAGCAUUGAUGGGGCUAAGAAGAGACAGACCUAGGCCUAGUCUCUAGGCCAUUGGAUACGUUGCAUUGCAGGUGUUUGGGCGUGUGUCAUUAUAUAUCAUGUGUGUGCGUACGUGUGUGGAUGGAUCAUUCUCUCAGAUCGAUUUCCUUUUGUGGGUGUCUACCAGUCGGGUCUUUCUUUGUGUGGAUGGACGAUUUUCUGAGAUCGAGCCAGUCUAGUGGUGCGAUUCCCUGUCAUGGGUGUCUACUAGUCGGAGCUCUCUUUGUGUGGAUGGAUGAUUCUCUGAGAUCGAGCCAGUCUAGUGGUGCGAUUCCCUUUCAUGGGUGUCCACUAGUCGGAGCUCUCUUAGAUUGAGUCUCCAUCAUAAACUGUUAAUAGACGAGUAUGAAUGAUAAUGAUUGUAUGACCUAC